AUGUUUCGAAGUACCAAGAAUCGUAUCGAGGCUCCUUAUAAUUUGAGGUAUGAAUACACUGAACUUGACAGGGUAAGGGAUUCAUGUCCGGAAAAGAAACUUGACAAAAACAACAGACAGAGAUACCCUAGUCCCUAUUCUUCCGAGAUGAAGUUCAACAUUGUCAUUGAAAGUUUGAAAGGACGAACUGGAUGGGGUUCUGCCGAUGUUUUAACCAUCGAUAAUCAGUUUUACGAGCAGACCAACCAUGUACUUUCUGCUAGGACUAUCGAUGGCUUUGAGAGGCUGACAAAGUGGGAACCACAGGGCCGAGCCAAUAUUAGCUACAAGAUAGAUAUCAAAUUGCACACUCGUCCAAAUUUAGCUGAUGAAAGUUAUGCAUCUGUUAUACCUGACGAGAAAAUGGAGAUUUCUGCUGAAGGGAUUUAUGAUGCUGACACUGGAGGCUUGUGUAUGCUUGCUCCGGUAGAAGUCUUCGACAAUGGAGGGUAUAUUCAGGGAAAAAUCGAAAGCACAAGGGAGGAGUCUGAUCUCCUUUACCUUGAACAUCUAGAUGUGUCUUCAACUGUUUACAGUAGGGAGCAAGCAAGAAGUCAGCUGUAUCAUUCGAAAAGGCAUCCGAAAUCACUCCCCUCUACUUCACUUGUUAUGCUCUUGAUCCUUACCAUGGGCCAACUUAUUCCUCUGGUGCUCAACUAUGAAGCCUUAUUUGAUAGAAAACACGAUCAGGAUACCGUCUUGUUUCAGACCGGUGGAUGGCUUGAAGCAAACGAGGUCAUCAUUAGGAUAACAUCAAUGGUAGCUUUCUUGUUGCAAUUCCGCAUUCUCCAGCUAGCAUUUUCGAGUAGAUUGAACAACGGAAACCACAAAGGCCUAUGGUUUGCAGAGAAAAUGACCUUGCUUGUCACACUAUCAUUGCACAUUUCCGGUGCAUUCAUGGUUCUGCUCGUAGAUAGGGGGAACUAUAAACGCGAGAUCGUGUUGCUUCCCACUCGUCCAGUCCACUACUGGCAGCGUUCAGCCUGGGAUGACCUGAAAUCAUAUGCAGGUUUGAUCUCAGACGGUUUCCUUCUGCCUCAGAUACUGUUCAAUAUGUUCUCGAGAUCGAAAGAACAUGCACUCAGCCCCUUGUUCUAUAUUGGUACCAGUCUGGUUCGGUUACUGCCACAUGCAUAUGAUCUUUACAAUAACCACAGCUAUGUCCAACACAAAGGAGCAUACAUAUACGUGAACCCUGCUGAUGUUUUUUUCUCCACUGGUUGGGAUGUGAUUAUCUCUAUUGGGGUUUUGCUAUUUGCUGCAAUCAUUUACUUGCAACAGCAAUUUGGUGGUUGCUGCACUGUUCCGAAGAGCUUUAGAUGGCGGGAAAGCUAUGGAAAAAUCACAGUGGUCAGACAAUCUUAA